AUGAGCUUGUGUCUUGGUAGGAGGUUAGUGUCGCGAGGGUUCAAAGUAAUGAGUGCAGUGAAGGGUAGUCCCAGCAAGGCACGGUUGGUGUCGUCGCGUCCCGUGUUGGACACGAACGAGUGCAAGUGGAUUGGGCUUGAGAAGAUGAAGUAUCUCGACCCGAACGGUAAUGAGAGGGAGUGGGACUGUGCUGUGCGCAAGACUAGAAACACAGGGAACGUCGACGGUAUCGGGAUAUUUACCAUCUUAAACUACAAAGACGGUCGUCCCCUGGAGGUGCUGUUGCAAAAACAGUUUAGACCACCCGUGGAAGGUGUCUGUAUCGAGGUCCCCGCGGGCUUGAUCGACGCCGACGAGGGGAUUGAAACCGCUGCUCUGAGAGAGCUGCUUGAGGAGACCGGCUACAUAGGCAAGAUCAUCAAGCAGGGCCCCAUCAUCUACAACGACCCAGGGUUCACCAACACGAACAUGUCAUUGCUCACUGCCGAGGUGGAUAUGACAUUGGACGAAAACAAGAACCCAAAGACGCAACUGGAAGAAAACGAGUUCAUCGAGUGCUUCACCGUGCCUCUGAAAGAACUGCCCGAAGAGAUGCUCAAACUCGAGAAAGAGGGCUACAAGUUGGAUGCACGUAUCCAAAACGUGGCACACGGUAUUGCGAUUGCCAGACAGUACAACCUGUAG